GUGUGCCGCCCUAUCACAUGUCGUCGCAAAGUUGUUUUUUUUUUCUCUUUCUCCCCCUUCUGCGUUUGUUUGUAGUUUGAAGUGUCAUUUUCAUCUACCUAUUCUCCAUACUUCUGAUUUACAUGUUUUUAUUUAAUAUAACGUGUAGUAUUAUUUUACGUGGUAGCUGGACAACUUUUUUUUUUUUUUAACAGUUUGAUGACUUGUCCAGUUUUAUACUGUUUACUUGUACUGAAAGUUCUGUUAACGCAAAGCCUUAUUGGCAUCUAAAGCGCUUCUGCUGACAUCAGAGAGGACAGAAGGACUGAAGCUUAGUUGUAGGCUGUUUAUCUUUAUGUGAACUCGCCAUGGCGGAAGGACCAUCACUUUCUGGGGGAAUAAAUAAUCCAAGCUCUUUUACCUCCAGGGUGAAGAAAACAAACAGCAGCAAUGUGGCAGCGAAUUCGCGUCGAAACAGCCGACAGAGCCACAAGAGAGACAUUCACAGUCGGGUUGUUCUGGAGAAAGUUCUGGGUAUUACCACAACCAGCAACAGUGGUUUGGCCUGUGACCCUAAUACAAGCACUGUUGCAUACCCUGCAGGUAUUAUUCUGUUUCAGAUGUGUCAUCGUGCUCCUGAAUCCAAAGACAAACAAGCAAAGCCACAUUUUUAAUACAUCCAGAAAAACCUUCAGUGCAUUGGCGUUCUCACAGAAUGGAAAAUAUUUGGUCACUGGUGAGAGUGGACAUAUGCCCUGCGUGAGAGUGUGGGAUGUGGCAGAACGUACUCAGGUGGCAGAGGUCCAGUGCCACAAGUAUGGAGUUGCCUGUGUUGCUUUUUCUACUAAUGGCAGCUACAUUGUGUCUGUGGGAUUUCAGCAUGACAGGACUGUCAGUGUCUGGGAGUGGAAGAGAGGGAGUGUUAUUGCAGCCAAUAAAGUGUCAAGUCGUGUGCUGGCUGUCUCCUUUUCAGAGGACAGUAGCUACUUUGUUACCGCAGGAAACAGACAUGUGAAGUUCUGGUAUUUGGAUGCCUCCAAGGAGAGACGUGUGAACAGUACAGUGCCUCUGAUUGGUCGAUCAGGUUUGCUAGGAGAACAUCAGAAUAGUGAAUUCUGUGAUUUGGCAUGUGGUCGCGGCACUAUGUCGAGCAGUACCUACUGUAUAACCCAUACUGGUCUGCUGUGCCAAUUCAACAGCAACCGGCAGCUGGAUUUAUGGGUUGACCUCAAAACGUUUUCAGCACACUGUCUAUCUGUGAGUGAAGCUUUCAUUUUUUGUGGCUGUGCAGAUGGCACUGUGCGAGUAUUUCGCCCACAAAACCUGCAUUACGUCACCACACUUAUCCGGCCCCACUGUCUAGGAGUGGAUGUCUCUCAGGGCAUGCAGCCUCAGCAUGAGGCAGAGUAUCCAGAUACUUUGGCCCUGACACAUGACCCUGUGACCGGUAAUCUGAUGUGUGUGUAUAAUGACCACAGUGUGUAUGUUUGGAAUGUGCGUGAUUUCAACAAUGUAUGGAAAGUCUACUCUUCCCUGUACCAUAGUGCUUGUGUCUGGAGUGUUGAGACCUACCCUGAGUUGGAAGAUUCAACUGCAGCAUUGUUGCCUGGAUCUUUCCUUACCUGUUCAUCUGACAACACCAUUCGUCUUUGGAACAGUGAUUUUCAGCAAAGCCAAUACCAAAGCUCUAACCUCUAUAGUCAGGACUUGGUGAAGGUUGUGUAUGUGGAUAACGACACUGGGCACCUUAAGGCCCCGCCAGAUAAAGUAGAAGGCAGCCAAGAUGGCAAAUUUGGAAUCAGAGUCCUAGGAAUCAGCCCUGAUGGCCAGCACCUGGCAGCUGGAGAUCGUAGUGGAAACCUACGGAUCUAUGGACUUCAGUCUAUGGAUGAACUUCUGAGGAUUGAGGCACAUGAUUCUGAGAUUUUAUGUCUGGCCUUCUCUCCCACUGAGACUGGUGUGCAUCUGUUGGCCUCAGCUGGUCGUGAUCGACUCAUACAUCUAUUCAAUAUGGACAAUAGCUACAGUCUUUUACAGACUGUUUAUGACCAUUCAGCAUCCGUCACUGGCAUGAAAUUUACAGGUGUAGGUCCAAAGGUGUCCAUGGUAAGCUGUGGUGCUGACAAGAGCAUUUACUUCCGCUCUGCUGAAAAGACUUCUCAAGACCUGGCUUUCUCUAGGUCACAUCAUGUGGUUGAGAAAAGUACAUUAUAUGACAUGGACCUGGACGCCACGCUCACACACGCUGCCAUUGCUUGUCAAGACCGCAACAUUAGAGUAUACAAUGUGAAGAGUGGCAAGAUGAAAAAGUGCUUUAAGGGCUCCUUGACUGACGAUGGCCCAGUGCUUAAGGUUCAACUGGAUCCUUCUGGGAUGUUUUUGGCCACUAGCUGCUCAGACAAGAGCAUCUGUAUUUUUGAUUAUGAGACUGGGGAGUGUGUGGCAACAUUAUUUGGGCAUUCUGAAAUUGUGACCGGUAUGAAAUUCAGUCCAGACUGCAAGCAUCUAAUCACUGUCUGUGGUGAUAGCUGUGUGUUUGUGUGGAGGCUGUGCUCUCAAAUGACUAACUCAAUGCGAAAGAGACUGGCAGAGAGGAAACGGAGAGCAGGGCUGAGGAACAAAGUCACCUGCAAGCAACAAGCCAUCAGGAGAGAAACCUACAUCUCUGUACCAUGUAGUGGGGUGGCUCAGCCAAAAGAGGGAGAAACAAACAGCCUGUUUGAGGAAAAAGAGGAUGUUCAGGAAGAUCCCAAGACUCCAGCCAGGCUAGACACUGCUGUAGGGAGUCUGGAAAUUAUGAUGCCACAGACCAAUGGCCGACUUCCUAUGUGGGCCCGCAGAUUGGGUGCUGGAGUAGGCAGCAGUAGCAGUGUGGAUCCACAGAGAGUCCAUCAGUACCAGCCACAGGGGCGCUGGGCUGCACAUGCUGAUCCAUUCGCUAUUCGUUCAGUAUUGGAGACCAGGAGCCUACAGCUCCCUCUCUCUGACACUCCCGGCCGAGCAGAAGAGGAUGAGGAGGAAUGUGUAGAAGAGAAAGUGGAACAGGAAGUGCAUUUUCACCCCCAGAGUCUAGACAGCCUUUUAGAUGAAGAAGAAGGUGGUGAUCUGGAUGAAGAGGAGGACGUUGAGAGGGUGUCUGAUCAGUUUAGUUCUGUGCUUCAAGAUACAGACGUGCAGUAUUUUAGCCCAAGGUUCAGCUCUUCAGAGAACAAUGACUGUGCUCUGUACCCAGCAAACAGUACUGCUCUGUCCACCAUAGGAGAGGGGGAGUUUGAUGUGAAGGCAUUUUGUGAGGAUGUCGAAAUUGACCCAGAAGAAGAGGAGCUGAGUCCUGACAGUGCCUGCUCAGCUGAAAGUGACCAGGUGCACAGUGACCAGGCCCACGACCAGGACACCGACUCACUCAGUCAGGCGAGCUCCAUGGGUAGUUCUGGAGUGGAGGAAGAGGAGGAUGAAGAGCCUGCAAAUCUACUUCGCCAACACUAUGAAACUCUAGCAGUGGGAAUUAAUGAAAAAUUUAACACAGACCUGCGCAAUCUGCAGCCUUCCAACGAGAACUUCCUCAACCCUCGUCUAAGCCUUUCUACCCGUUUCCUCUCACGCUUCCAGGGACGCGUACGUGGUACUGUUACAGGAAGCAGUGGUGUGUGCAGACCUGGAGUUCGCCUGCCUUGUAUUCCAGAUGAGUCCAGCAACAGCAUGGAGAGGACAGAGGACAAUUCACAACUAGUUUCUAAGGCCUGCAAUUCAAAUGCCAUAAGAAAUGAUCAGAAGAAAAAAGAGAAAGCAUUAAUCUCAGAAGGGAACGACAGCAGUGAUCAAGGCGUUUUUGUCCACAAACUUGACAACAUGACCUUUGAUGCCUCAAAAUCCUCCUGUCAGAGUGACUUGGAUAUGACCAAUGCCAAGACUAAAUCUACGGGUGAGAAAGUCAAUGUGUGUCCUAAGCAGGGAAAUAAUCAUGGAAGUGAGAUGCUCUGGAAAGCCUCAUUGCCUAAUCAAGACCAUAGUGUAACUCAAGACAGAAAGGAUAACCUCCCUUCUCCACAUCCUCAAAUUCCAGCACUUCCUCCUGCAGCUCCUGCUGUGGAUAAUCUCAGCCCCCACAACACCACCCUCACUUUGGACCCGUCUUCCCCAUUACCACCUGCUGCUUUGAAUGCUCUGAAAUGCCAGGUGGAGCCUAUGAAUCCUCUGUGUAGACAGGCUAUGGUCAGUCCAACAGAGAUGGAGUUGCUAGAAAAAGAGAGCCAAAAGAAGAUCAGUCACAGUGAGGAGAAACUGACACCCAGGAUGUCCCACAAACACUCCUCUGGCCUUCUGAAAGCACCAGUUAAAGACAGCUCUCUUGUAGCACCAGGAAAGAAUGUGGAAGAUACACAAUCAGUGUCUCAAUGCAGCACAUCAAAAUUGGCAACAUCAGUGCCCACAGUAGAUGGACCUAACCCAGAUGAGACUAUAAAUCUGCAGGCAUGUAAGGAGAUUGUGAAUGUGCUCCAGCACACCAUGCACAAAGCAGCCAGCUUUUACAGCAAAUUGCAGGGCAUCAGUGAGUUGUCAGAGCAGCAGCUGCAGAUGAAAAGCAUGCUACAGGAGGCUUUUGGUGGGAUUCUUCAGGAGCUUCACUCUCUUUGUCCCCAGGAUCUGAACUCUGCUGUCCCUCAACUUCCAGAAGACUCUCCAGGUCGUCAACUUAGGGAUGAUCGUGCUAUGGCCCUUCUAGAGAGAUACUCUGAUAUGCUCCUGUUACGCAUGGCUGAAAAGAAGUCGGACUGCAAUUGAGUUAUCUACACAUGGCUCAGCAUGGACAGUAAAUCUGCUACAAUUAUUGUCAGCUGUGUGUCUGUUUACACAAAUCUACUUACCUUUUUGCACAAAAUCAAGCAUACUUUGUUCCCUUUUCUUUUAUAAGUGCUUUAGUUAAUUGCAGUUGCCUUCAGUAUUUCAUUUCUUAUGUCCAGGGGUUCAGUUCAAAGCACUGGUUAAACAUUGUCAGCAUUUUAACAAAUUAUUUAUUACUGCAGACUUUUUUUUUUUCCUUUCUUUUUUUUGACACCGCAACAAUUGUGCUUACUGUAAUAUUGUUCGACAUAUGCUUUUUCCAAAGAGAAUGUGUUGUACCAUUAUCUUGCAUUUUGUUUUUUAAGCUUUCCUAAGAAAAGUUGUUCCAGCCAUGUAAUCCACAAAUGUGUAACAAAUUAAAGGGAAACCCAACAUAGUCUUAAUAAGGUGUUGGGCUAUGGCAAGCUGCCAAAGCAUUUUUUAUGCAACGAUGAUGGUGAUGGUAUGUCAUUACUUCAUUUAAAGUUGAAACAGUAUUAAUCAAGACCUAUUCAUUACUUUUCAUAAAUUUGCAGUUUUUACUUUUUGACCUGUUCGUUUGAUCACAUUGGUGAUGCAACCCAGUCACAGCUACGUGUUCUGCUUUCUGUUGUCCCAAUAUUGAGGACUGUUGCACAAAACCUGUUCAAUUGGUCACAUUGUGUCCCUCUGCACACUGCAGUGUAAGUGUUGCAGAUGCAUGUUUAUGUUUAUGACUCAUGCUUUGUUGUUCUUGACUGUUUUGUUUACUUUUUUUUUUUUUUUUUUUUUUACUUAACUAUUAACUUUUAGACCAUCACCUUUUAUAUUAUUCUUUAUAUUAAAUGUGAUUUUUAAAGAA